AUGGCACCAUCUCUCAACAAAGUCCGGGACAUUUACCGAGGUGUCGUGGCGUAUCAACUCCUGCGCAGCUUCAAGGUGGACGGAUAUCUUCGAGGAAGUAGGGGGACCAAUUUCGAAGAAUUCAUCCGUGGUAUAUACGGCGAGAGGCGACAGCUCAAUCAGCUAACGACGAGUUCUCUACUCCCCGAUGACGAAGAGGACUGGACAGAUGUUCAGGCAGAUGGUACCGCGCCAAGAAAUAGCAAACAAUCACCAGAAACACGGCAGUCUUACCUGAAGGUUAAGAAGGCUAAGAUCACGGUCGAAAUACCCUCGAAAACAUCAAAGUCCUUCUUACUUUCGAAGUCAACAUUAUCUCCAGACUCGACCAGGGCCCAAGAGCGAAAAGACUCACAGCAGGUUAAUCGAACAGCCGACACAGGAACUCAGUAUGGCCAUACCGCUGCAAGGGCGGAGAAAGUUGAACAAGUCGACCGGAAGCCGGACGUGGCUAAGCAACCGUCUCCCGCACCAGAGAUGAAUCUUUUUAUAGAGGAACUACUUCAGCACGCAGCUAUUCCCAGCCCAAGCCCGCUGCCGCCGCCGCUUCCAGUUGUAGAAAAGCCCAAAAGGCACCGGUCUAAAGUCUUUACAAGUUCUCCAGCAGACGCUGUUGCCACCAAGGUAAAAUCUAUCUCAGCCAUCGACCUGACAGUCGAGGACGACCAUAGCAGUGGAACGCAUAACGCAGCACCCCGCCAGCGGAAAGUCAGAGCUCCUGAAAACUCACCGGAGCUCUUUCAAGCAAGACCAACUGCAAACCGAAGACGAAAGCACCGACAGCGGCUGCUUGUCGCCAAAGCAAGCAAACGAGCAUUCAAGAUCAUUUCAGGAAGACCGCCAAAGCCAACGGAUGCCCUGGCAAAAUACUUGCUGGCAGGAAGAGAAACUACCAAGAAGACGGCAAAGAAGAAGAGGACGACGACGCUGGUGAUGGAGACGAUGACCUGCAAAUCGUAA